AUGGUUCCAACUUGGGUGCAUAUCAUCUACUAUUUGUAUGGAAUCCCGCUAAUUCUGUUGUACGCUUUGAUUAUCAUCGUGUUGCUGAAGAAGAACACCACCUUUUCUUCCACUUUUUACAGUUUUAUUGCGUUGUUUGGAAUCCAAGUAUGUCUUUUACAGUCAUAAGGAGUUCAGCUUUAAAAUCAACUUUGAAAGACUCGAGCUAUAUUUUUAAAUCAGCUUUUAAAAACACGACUUUUUCAGGAUAUUUUGUACUACGGUUUAGUCCAAUACGAAGUGCGCGGCCCAGUGAGUGAAUUGCUUUUGACGACCGUGUUUUCUGGGCUCCAAAUUCACUCUCCAAAAUGGCAUGUUGUCCUUUUCUUUAUACGGAUUUCUCUUGAAUUUAAUGGAGUCGUAUCAACAGUCGUGCUGGCCUUAUUUCGAGUCUCUUCAAUGUUGCUUCCGUUGAGUCAUGAAAGGCGUUGGAAAAACACGCUUCCAAUUGUGGUAUGUUUGAAUAUUUUACUGCCAUUUGGCCUCUACGGUUAUUUGCUUUUGAACAAAGCGAUACUGUUGUGUGCAGGAAGCAAUACAAAUGUGGUUGGCUGCUUCAUGGUGUACGACCAUUCGUUUACCAACCAUGGAAUGGUAGGUUCAAGCACAGAAAUUUCUCUCAUAAUAAGACCUUAAUAAUUCCUUCAGUUUUCCUUGUCAACCAUCAAUAAAUACGUUUGCACAAUUUUGCCAACGAUAUCCGCAUCCCUCAACAUUAUUUCUUUAGCUCUUCUCUACAGUCGCAAGAAGUCGUUGAAAUCUCAUCGGCAUUGGAGACAGGAAAUCAACCUUUCUAUUUCGUCCUUUCUUAUGUUUCUAGCUCAUGUCAGCAUUGGCAUUACGAAUGUAAGUAAAAAUUUGACUCAGUGCUACAUGGUGGUUCUCAAGGAGCGUUUUUAGACGAUCACGAUGAACUGCAUGACAGCCGGUGA